CUUGUGAGUCAGCUUCCUCAAACUAAGAAGUCCUUUAUAGACUCAUAUUUUGACACUGAACAUAUUCCAGGUAAUGAAAUUUAAUGCUUAAUAUCUGCACCUUUUCUUACUGACAGACAAGUUUGUCUCACACCACUAAAGAAGGUACAAUCCCAGGAACAUACCCAUCUUUCAGUAAGGGGUUAAUUGGAGAAACUCUUCCCCUAGGCUUCCUCCCUGUCCAGUCUCCCCAUCUGUUGUCUAUAGCAUUAGCUCAAGCUGCCCAACUUUGAGGCUCCUGACUCUCCAGGGUGGUGUGCUUUGCCUGGACAACAUUGUCAUUCUGGGACUUUGAGUCAGGAUCCUAAUGAGCUUUUAAUGAGUUGUUGCUCUGGCUUCAGGGGACACAAAGGGGUAGGGAAGAACACAAUGCCAAUCCCCUUGUGUUCUAUAUUUUGGAGACCUCAGGUUCCUUGUUAACAAGUUAAGUGCUAGGAUUGGAGCUGCAAAAAGUUUUCUUAGCCAGAGAUUCUCAUUUAACUCCUGAGAUUUGGCCUUCAUACCUCCUCUGUGCCCAAGAACUCCCUUACCUAUUGCUAUUUCUCACUGUGGUACAAUUGUAUCUUCUAUAUUCUCUCUUCCCUUUUAUGAUUAUACAUUGGAUUAUACAUGAUUAUACAAAGGAAAGGGAAUAUCAGUUCACCGCCUUUUUACUACAUUCACCAUCCCUGUGACUUCCUAGUCAAAACAUCCUGCCUGGGUCUCCACUUUCCACUUAGCAUGAUGCCUGGCACGUAAUAAAGGACAGAAUAAAUGUUUCUUUUUUUCGUUCUUUCCUUCGUUCAUUCAAAAGACAGUUUCUAACUCGUAAAGAAAAGUUUUAUAGGAACUUAUAGAAAAAAGAGGUAGCACCAAAAGAUUCUAGUACUGGUUUUAAAAACAAGAUAUGGGGAGAAUAAAGGUAUGUACUGGAAAGAGUCUUAUUCCAUCUUUUUUUUUUUGCUAUCUCUUGACAUGAUGACAGUUGAGGCUCCCUUUCUGUUUGUGCAUAAAACAAUGAUGUUGAUCCCAGUCCAAAGACUUUUUUCUUAGGAGUUGUAAAGUUCAUCCCUCUUAGAAGCUAAUCUGUGUGCUCAGUGUUUCCUUGCAGUCCUUUCUGAUCCUGACACAUCUUCACAACAACCCCAAUGGGAAGGACCAUAUUAAAUUAUCAUUUAAUUAACAUUUUACUUAUUAUUCUCUUCAAGGUAUUUUUCAGGCUAUCUCAGUAGUAAGUCUUCUAAAUGUUGGGGCUUCUGCUAACUUCCUAAGAGAUAAUGUUUUGGGGAAGAGAGGCUUAUCCUACAAACCUCCAUAAGUGAUAGGACAAUAAAAUCCAACUUAUCUUCCUUCCUCAAGGUCUCCCUUGUAACUGUCCUCAAGCUUCCUCCCGUUAAAUCAAAUUAAGACAGGCAAGAUUGGAGCUGGGCAGAAGGAAGAAUUUCUUGACUUCCGGGGUGAUAAAACACUGGAAUAGAUUCCCAAGUGGAAUCAGUCUCUUCCCCUGGAGAUCUUUAAGAACAGAAUAUAUAACUGUCACAAGUAGCUUAGACUUGCUUAAAGACAGAGGGCUGGACAAUUUGAUCUUGAAGCCCUGCCCUUUUCAAGUCCUCUUCUAAGACUAUGACGCAAUAAGGGGGAAUAUAGUAAUACAAAAGAAUACUGAUAUCAAGAUUUAGAGGGCCUAGUAUUUAGGCCUACUGCUGAUUCUUUCUGUGUGGCCUUAAGUAAGUCACUUCAACCUCUGGACUUGUUUCCUUAUUUGUAAAUUGAAGAUGGAUGCUCAAAUUAGAUGACUUUGAAGGUCCCUUCUGAUUCCAAAUUCUGUGAUUCUACAAAUUCUUUCUCAUUUCUACCACUUUCCUCAUCUCUUAUUCUCCUAUCCCCACCUCACUGGAGCAAACAUAUGUGUCCAUACAAACCCCAGGAGUACUAAAGGCCAAAUAUGAGCAAUUAUUUUUAAACUACCUCUUCCCAUCCAAAUUUUAAACUACUUCUUCCCAUCCAAAUGCAAUACUCAAAAAUUAAAGCCUCAGACAACUGGAUGGAGUCAAUGGUUAUGAGUAAAUAGGCCAACCUUCCCCAUGCCCAGCACUUCUGUCAGGGCCCCUUAGUCCUGACAGGCAAGGAUCACUGCAAUGCCUGCCCAGUCUGGGCAUAAACAAAGACUAUUAACUAUACCUGCAUUGGAGAUCCAGCCAGAAAUUGGACAUAGCUUUACAACUGAAUAAAUAAAUAUAUUGGCCACUCAGUACUUCCCCCAAACCUUUCCUUUUCAAAUCUAUCUCUCAAGACUCUUCAUCAAUCAAUUGGUGGUUUUGAUGCUGGGACAAAAAUGAGAAACAAAUACACUUCUUGAAAAAGACCUGUCAGUCCCCUUUUUGCAUAGGAAGAUGGGAUCAUGAAAGGCAAAGAGCCAUUAAGAUUGCAUACAAUCCAAUCACAGUUCCUAUUUCUGUUUAUGGCUCUGUCCUAUAGAUUUCUCCCAAUUUCUUGUCUAAUGAGAAAGAAAGAGAUCAUGAUCAUUCCUAGGAAAACUGAAAAGUAGCUACAUUAAAUAAAUACAUUAUCUGUUGUAAAUGAUAGCAAAUCUGGCAAUGUUAGUUUGAAGUCAAUGACAUUUAAGGACACUGUUUAGAAGUGAAAGACAAACAGAGAUAGAAUUGGCACAAGGCAGGAAGCAGGAGUACCUUGAGAAAAAAGUACUAGGUGUCAGGAAACCCAUGUUAUCCUGACUCUGCUGCUAACUUUCUAACUUGGGGCAAUUAAGUCUCUUUGCCUCUCUAUGCCUCAGUUUCUUUAUUUUCAAAAAGAGUAUCCUAUUACUUAUCUUUCCAAGAAACAUUUGAGAUAACAGUGCAUGACACAUAGUAGAUGUUUAAUAAAAAUGCUUGUUCCCCUUCCCUUGUUCUCCUUCCCAUCCUAAUAGUUAUAGUGUGAGAAACUGAAAUAAUAUAUAUGGGGAAACCAUUUAAAGGGUUAAAAAACAUAAAGUGAAAACUAUCAUUCCUGGGGAAAAUAGCACAUUCAAAUCAAUUUUUUAAACAAGAAUCUUGUGGGCAGAGUCCUAAGAUAUGACAGGGCAUUGAGGGAGAAAGAUAUGGGAUACAGCCAUCUGGUAACUUCCUACUUUAACUAUUUUUAUUUCUUACUAGAUAGUAAGUUCUGUUUUUUCUACUCAAGGACUGCAAGUGCUUUCAACACCAUGGGGCAAGGCCCAAGUUGACCCACCCUAGUUUCAGUGGUAAUAUUCUUUCACAGCAUUCAGCUCUUAGCCUCAUAAACUUCAAUCAUCUGGUAUGAAAUUAAAUUUUUAGAGCAUAACUGGCGAGGGGGAUCUGCCCUGGCCUUGGUUUCUCCUGUCCUAUCAUCUUAUGUGGAUUUGGGGCUAAGCACCCUGAACUGAAGCUUCAAAGGAGCUAAAGGAAAGACACAACUGAUUGUUUUACCAGUAUCUGGCAGGCCAGAUGCUCUCUGUGCCUGGAGCCAGUCUUUUUGGUUGCAAUAGGAAGCCACUGAGAAAUUUCAAGGUUUGAAGUAUAUCAUUCCAGAAAAUGGUCAGCUCUAGAUGUUUCUUUUACUUUGUAUCAAGCUCUCUUCCCUUCUAUGAAAAAAGAGAAGAGAGAAAUCCUGAGGAUUCCUUUAAAAUAAAUAACAAUGAGGAACAGUGCUGAGCAUUUUUUAAGUCUAUCAGAUCUAGCACCCCCUCUCUCCAAAAGCUCAGCUGGCUUACGGUCCCAUAGGGGUGAGGCACUUGCAAAGGAAAGAUGUGCAACCCUGUGCAACUUCUGGCUUUGCUCAUAUAUCUCACAUGUGCCCUUUGCUUUCAGUCUCCCUAUAUUUAUUAUGUUUAAUUUUGCUGGGACGUGGUUGUAAGUGAGACGGAUGGACCUGAAUCUGUGAGGCUGGCAAACAGCUCUUAAUUAAACAGAUAAAUAAACUUAUUUUUCACUUUUGCUGCAGUCUCCACUGGGACUGGAGAACUUGCUCUAAUGGAUGGACAGGGUUCCCUUUAUGCUAACUUAUGGGUGCCUGCCACCCACAAACUGGGUUGGUCUCUGUACUUUUUCCAUGCUUCUACCAAAAAAAUCUCUUAGUCAUUUCUGGUGGGGUUCCAGGAUUUGAAGCAACUUCUUUUUCCCCCUUAUUAUAUUUUGAUAGCCAAAAGUAACAUUUAGUUAAGCAUGUUUGAGCCUUCUGAGUCCUUUCUAUAUGUCCUCUCCAUAACAUUUGGUUUUUCUAUUACCCAUUCCUUUGCUUUGAUUAGAAGACUCAGGAGUGGGAAGUAUCCUCCACUGAAACUUAAUCGUGUAGCUUUUGAAGACUAAAAAGAAAGCUAUCAUCUCCAACCUAAUGCCCCUUUCAGUGACUAUAAUAUAUCUUUUUCUAAGAGGGUGCAGAAGUUCUGUCCCAGCUAUAGACCUAGCUCUCUAACUUUUAGGAAAUGGGGAUGCAUUUACUUAGAAAUCAAGUACAUAGGUUCUCCUAGUCGAUUAACAAAGAUUUUCCAUUGUUUCCAUGUUGCCAUCUAUAUUCUCUACAUCAUUUUUCUUACAUGUUAGACCAAGGAUCUUCCUACUUCUUUUUCUGCCCUUAUAGAGACACAUGUGUACCUAUUGUAGAUUAUUCUUCUGGAGUUGCUCUCUUUGUCCUUGACCUUAAUAGCUUACUACUUCAGUGACCUUGUAUACAGCUGGCCUUCUAAACCCCCAUAUUCUUCUUGGAAUCUUGGCCAACUCUUGGCCAAGUAAAUAUCCUGGAGUGGGUUACAGGGGUAUCAAAGACACCAUUGAAAGCAUGGAGCUGGAUAUAUUUAUAGAAUGUAGUGGUGUUUAGAACAGUUAAGCAGCCUGAAACUGGUGAAGUCAUCCCUGGUCCUGACUUGACUUUAGGUAGGUCAGCCUAUUUCUUAGCAGGUGUUCUUGGUGAGACACUUCAAAGAAGAAAUGGAGAUAUAAAGUGGAAGGGGAGUGAGAGAGAGCAAGGCUGAGCUCUGAAGCAAGAACAAAGGCUUCAUUUUAGUUUUGGAUGUAUCCUCUCUCCCUCCAUAGUAGACAGCAGUACUGAGUAUGGUCAGUGUAUCCACAGUCAUGUGCUAAGUUCAUGGGGAAUACUCCUAAACCUGGAAAUUUAAAAAUAAGUACGUUAACUUAGCCUUAAAUCUGUUUUUCAAUUAAUGGAACUAACAUACCAAGAAUGGAAACUAACUAUUAAGAGGCAUGCCAAGAAUGCAAUCUUGCCACAAGCUCAAGAAUACUUAGGCAUGGCCCAGCUAGGAAGCUUCCCUGGUCUUGAUCAAUAAUGGAAAAGCCACUACUGAGCCAUAAAACUUCAAAUGAGCUUUUAUUUUGCACUAUUCUUGGGUCCUCCAAGGGGCUAGUCUGGGUUGGAAAAAAUAGUUUGGGUAUCUUGAAGGUAAGCUGACAAGCUCAACUUGCUCCUACAACUUUCCUUUAUAUCAUUAAUAGAAAUUUCCAUAAACGCAUUUUACAGAGGCUCUAAAUUGCCCAGUGUAACUCAGACUAUGGAAUUGUUUAUUAGUUAUAUGACCAACCAAGGAUAAGCACUCUGGCUUCCAAAUUUAUGCUAGCCUCUUUCCAAGUAAAUGAACCCAAGAAAGAUAGUAAGUAUGUAGACCCAAGAAAAGUAAAGUACUAAGCAGGCAUCUUUUCUUGGAGGGUAAGAUCCACCUAGUAGGAAGGAUCCUAUUCAAAGAAAGUGAACAGGACAUGAGAAAUUAGUCAAGAUCAUGAAGAUCUCAAAAGCUGUAGAACCAUCUGAGUCUUUGGAGAUGCCUCCCUUGCUAGAUAUUUAUAGUGGUGCCCAGGAGCACAGAAAUAAUUACAACUCAGUUCUUACCUCCCUAACAAGUCCCCUUUCAGAUUCAGGGUGAAUGGGAUAUUUUUUCCUUGGCUUUUUUUUUUUGAAGUAGCAAAUAUUAAUAUGAGAUUGACAGCUUUUACCAACUAAUAGCUUCUCUUCCCCCUAGUAGCAGAUACCAGAAAUAUUGACUUCCUCUACUCAUGAUUCCACUGCCACCCACUCUGGCUCAUGAAGACAACCUCUAGGGAGGAAAGAAGUUGCUCAGUCUCUUUGGAGGCGCCAAUAAAUACUUAUUAACUACUCCCAAGAGUACAUCCAGAGAGAUCUGGAAAACCUUAUGCUACUAUUCCAUUUGCCUCCUGAGGCCACUCUUAUCCCAUCUCCCCUACUCCCACCACCAGCUGUUGGAAGAGAAGGAUAAGACUUUUGCCUUUAAUGUUGUUGGUUUUUAUGGGUACAGCAAUAGCAUCCCAAUUUGGAUUUCUACAUCAGAAUGAGACAUCUAAGAGUCUCUUCCAGGAAUUACUUUUCUCCCAACUGUCCCAUUCCCACCCCCAACCUUUACUGCCAAUAAGAAUGUUAAGCUCUUAGAGAUCCCAGUCUUGUCAAAUCUAGAUUUUUAUCUCCAGAUCUUAUAGCAAGAACAGUAUUGAAUUUGGAGUCAGAAGAAAUCAGUUUCAAGUCUUGGACAUAAAACAUUGACUAAGUUGCUUCUCUUUGGGCCUCAGUUUUCUCAGUUGUAAAACUAGGAAGUAAUAUGAUCUCUGGUCCUUUUCAGGUCUGAUUUUUGUAAUUAUGACACUAAAGCAGUGCUUAUGCUCAUAGUAAGGGCUUAGGAAAUGUGAAGUGAAUAGAAUCAAUGAAGUUAGAAACAGCCAGAGCUUGUAGCAUCCUGAAACUUAAAACCUGGUGUCUGUUCUUACCCACCUAGUGCCUCUUCUUCAGAGAGCAAUAUGAAGAGAGAUCUGUGUGACUUCACAUUCUGGGGCCUCUAAGUUUCAUUCAUUUGGGGCAACUUAUAGACACAGUCCCUCCCUCUCUUACAGAAACUUUACAGACAAAUGCUUUACUUAACUUUUUUCUGAAUAUUUUAUAUUUUCCCUACUUUCUCCAUAAAGCCUUUCCCAGUUACCAGGAUUGAAUAUUUUUCUUCUUUCUCAAAUUUUCCUCGAGAUUUGAGUCUGGAUCUUUCCUUCUUUUCCAUCACAGUCUACCUUAAAUUAUAUUUAUUUGUGUACAUAUUGAACCCUCAAAUCCAGAUGACUUGUACAAGGUCACAACAGCUAACAUGUUUUAGACGUGGGUCUUAAAUGAAGGUCCUCUUGGCUUUGAGGCUGGCUCUCUACUACAAGUUGUUUUUUAAAAAUGGAAUUGUUUUGAGCUUUGAGCUGUUACAAUAAGGUAGGUGUUUACAUUCCACGAUUAUCAGGAAAGACUUCUUGAUAAACAAGGGAUUUAAAGAAUGAAGAUAUUAAAUUAUCUCUAAGGUCCUUUUUGGUUACAAGACUUUACUGAUUUUUUUAAAAGAGGGAAACCACUUGGCUUCUCUAGGGCAAGAGCAAAAAUCAUGAGGAAGAGGGCAAUAACAGGACUAUGGACAGGCAAAAUUGAAUUCAUGAAAGCCCUCUAGUGCCACAGGCCAGGAAAAUGCAAUGACAAGAGAUAUAAAUUAGGUAUCUUCCAACUUAUAAUUGUGCUAUCAUCUAAACAAUCCCUCCAGCAUCUGGUCCUUUUGCAAGUUCUGGCUUUGUAAAACUCUAUACCCACAAUUUAUGUCCCAUGGGCCUAAUAAAAGUGAUUAUUAGAAAAAAGCACUGUACUUAGAGGUAGAAGAUCCAGCAUUUAGUCCCAUUCUACCAUUUUCUACCUAGGUAAGCUCAGAGACAUCUAGUUCCAUUCUCUGAUUUUAACUAAACUGGGGCCCCAAAACAUGACUUUUAAUAUUAUGGGGGAAAAGGGGAAGGAAUGGAAGCUCAGAGGAACACUUAGAUUACCAGCUAGAAGAGGAUUAAACUGCACUGCUUUAGGGAAGGGAGAUAUCAAAAAUUGGUACCUGAAUUGUUUAGACUGCCUUAUUCCAUGUUGGCAUGAACUUAUAGCUUUAGAAAAUCACCCUCUAGUCACAGUUUGUCUUCCAGCCAGUGGUAAAGAUGACAGUCACCUUAAACUCUGCCAAGUUCAAGGAAGGUCAACUAAGAACAGGGUAAACCCUUUGUAUUCCUGUAAUUCUUCAUCUCUAUAUGGGCAGACAGGUACCCAGCUGAUAGAUAAGACAUGUGCCUGGUUUUGUGCAGUGCUGCUUGAUAUGAAACCAGAUAAAUAAUGUGUGUUCCCUUACAUAUGCCAAUAUGAGGGGAGAAGUGCCUAUGGAGAUGGUGUAGCCUGCGCAGUGUGUGCAUGGCCAGGUGCUACUCCACAUGAUGUUGUAUGUCUCAGAGUGGCUAUGCACACCUACCUGAUGUGUUCAGGUGAAGAUGGACUGGAAUGUGGCCAAAUUUACAUGUUCAUCUAGAUUUUGUGCAUCUGAAGAGUUGCGGCAGUGUAGUUAUUAGGUGGUAUAUGCACAUGUAUGCAUGGCCUACCCUAUAUUCUUCCAGAGAUUAGAAUUCAAGAUACAGGGAAACCAAAGAAGCACAGCCAGAGGUUUUGGUUGGAUUUCCAAGCCCUGAAUAGCCUAGAGAAGCUUUUAACCGUGAGGAAGCCUUUGCGUAGGUGCCCUCAUUACAUCACUGAAACUCCCUGUCACUGAGCUGGUUUCCCUUAAUAUAGUUCCUAUCUGAGCACCCAGGGCCAAUCGCCUCCCUACCCGCAAAGCCAGUGUAGUGCCUUCCCAUGAUGAGAACACUCUCCCCCAGUGCCAGAACCAAGGGGGAUUUUUAAAUAUCAAAAAAUUUUAAAUGCAGAAACAGCCGGGGAUCCACUGGGAAAAACGGAGGGAGAACAGGGAGGAGACUAAGAAGGAAGGGUGUGAGAACUGGCUGCAAAAGAACUCCGGCUGACAAAGGGUUAAGUGUGGGAUCAGCUGUUGUGCUGUCAUUCUGGAUUCUCUUCCUUUUAUACGGGGCUCUGUUUGAUGUUGGAGUACGCCAGGGACUCCCCCUCCCACCGCUUGCCUUACACAGACACGCGCGCCGCGCACACACUCGCACUCUGCCUACCCGCCUCUGAUGGCUCCAAAGUGAUAUUCAUUUUCUCUCUCACUCUCUCCGUGUGUCUCUCCGUGUGUCUGUCUCUCCCCGUUUGUGUCUCUCCUUGUCUGUGUCUGUAUCUCUCCUCCUUCUCCCUCUCCCUCUCGUCUUCCCUUUCCAUCUCCCUUUCGCUCUCCAUCAUUCCCCGCCCUGGCUGGGGGAGAACCGGGCAGAGGCGCGCUGCUUUGAUGCCUCCCCCUUAAACAGCGCCACGAGGGGGAGGGGAGGGCCCGAAGAGGAGGAAGAGGAGGAGGAGGAGAGAAAGAGGGAGGGAGCCAGGGAAACACUCCCGCUCGUUCGAACACCCAGAGGGACAGAGCAGAGGGUGCGAGAGGAGCCCCGAACUGCCUCCUCGGAGCCGGGCGCCCAUCUGCUGCCCCAUGCUGUGCUCCAUGGCGAACUCGGGCUGCCUCCUGCUGUCCAACUCCGGCAGCAUGCUUCCGCAUUCAGUGCCCUGCCCGCCUGCCUUCCUCUACCUCCAACAGGGUAAUCAGGACACCACGGCUCCUCCUGAAGCGAUGGCUCAGCCCUAUCCCCAGGCCCAGUAUCCCCCACCGCCACAGAACAGCAUCCCCACUGAGUAUGUGCCACCCCACCCUCACCCCACACAGGACUACUCGGGCCAGACCACAGUACCAGAACAUGCCAUGACCCUCUACACACCAGCACAGACCCACCCCGAGCAGCCAGGCACCGACGCCAGCACACAACCCAUUACUGGGACACAGACAGUACCGACAGAUGAAGCUGCACAGACAGACAGCCAACAGCUACAUUCCUCAGAAAACACAGACAAGCAGCAGCCCAAGAGAUUACACGUCUCCAACAUCCCCUUCCGGUUCAGGGAUCCUGAUCUACGGCAAAUGUUCGGGCAAUUCGGAAAAAUUUUAGACGUGGAGAUCAUUUUUAACGAACGGGGCUCCAAGGGAUUUGGGUUUGUAACUUUUGAAACUAGCACAGAUGCUGACCGAGCAAGAGAGAAGCUGAAUGGGACAAUCGUAGAGGGACGGAAAAUAGAGGUAAAUAAUGCCACAGCCCGAGUUAUGACCAACAAGAAGACCACGAAUCCCUACACAAAUGGCUGGAAGCUAAACCCCGUGGUGGGUGCUGUAUAUGGACCCGAAUUCUAUGCAGUGACAGGAUUCCCCUACCCCACAACAGGCACUGCUGUGGCAUACCGAGGGGCACACUUACGAGGUCGGGGACGGGCUGUAUAUAACACAUUCCGGGCUGCACCACCUCCUCCCCCCAUUCCAACAUAUGGCGCGGCACUGGAGCAAACGCUUGUUAAAAUGCCAGUCCCAUGGGCAGGGCUGGCACCAUGCCCCCUCCCUCCUCAGCAGACACCGGAGCCGGCCUACCCCACCUCUCCAGCGUUCCCACCACUUUCUUGUCCGUUUGCUUCCAGGGUCGUGUAUCAGGAUGGAUUUUAUGGCGCAGAGAUUUAUGGUGGCUAUGCAGCCUACAGAUAUGCUCAGCCAGCAGCAGCAGCAGCAGCUUACAGUGACAGUUACGGCAGAGUCUAUGCAGCUGCUGACCCAUACCACCACGCCAUUGGCCCUGCUGCAACCUAUAGCAUUGGAACUAUGGCUAGCCUCUGCCGAGGAGGGUACAGCCGCUUCACCCCCUACUAGCAAGAAACCCAGCCCCUAACAGCAUUCACACUGACUGCUUAUUCCAAACCAAACCAAACAAACUAGACACCAGGCAGAUCCUCCAGGAAGACAAACUGCCCCAGCGGGUCAGGGACAUUCACCGCUGACCCUCCGCGACUCUAAAACCAUAGAUUUUUACCUCCAGUUGUUUCUCCCCGCCCCCAUGGUGGUGUGUGUGUCUUUUGUCCAUGAUUGUACCUGUAUGUUUGUAACUAAUUUCCUGUACUGAGUUUGUCGGUGUUGUUCCACUCCUAAACCAUCAAGGUAUGGUAUAUAAAUUGGGGGCCAUGGUGGGGGGGGGGUGGAUAGGGAGAGUGUAGAGUUGAGCCUGGAGUCAGAGGAUCAACCCUUACCCCCAUGGCUCUGACCCCUCAACACAUAACUACCCCCCAAAGGAUUAGUAAAAGAGCCUUGUGCCCUGGCUGACCCCCCCCCCUUUCUACCCUAUUCCAUCUUUACUCUUCAAUCAACAGGCUGAAGUUAGGGAAUCUUAGUGAAAGAAUUCAAGGCCACAGACCAUGUGCCAUCCCCAGAUUCCACAGAUCCUUUAGUUGUUCAUUCCUCCAUUUUCUGGUCCUUGUCCCAGUGCUCUGUCCCUCUACAGUUAGUUAUCUCCCACUUCCACCUCAGCCCCUGCAAGGAUUUUGAAACUGCUCAAAGAAAUCUGUUUCAUGAAAAGAAGAGCAAAAUGAGGGAAUCAGCACUCUCCUGCCCUCUCUUCCAUCAUAAAUCAACUCUCUUCUUCCUCCUCCCUCUUUUUCCUUCAUUCUUUAUAUCUGGUCUUCUUCACCUAUCCUCUCAACUGAAACAAAUUUGUAAAAAUUAAAUUAUAUAGAUUCUGUUCUCUAAAGAAGUUAUAAUAAUAUCCUGGCUAAACCAUUUUGUUUUUCCAAGAGAUGAAAAUGAAUUCUCUCUUCCCCAGUUCCCUGUAUUUGUCCAUAUGCCUUACUGUACCUCAAUACUAUUCCCUUCAAAUCUUUCCUUUGUUCCAUGACCUAGAAACAAAGCCAUCAAUGUCCUAGCUAUAGAGAUCCCUAACGCCCUCCUAAAGUGGCAGAUUUUAUUUUCCCAGUUCUGUCCUUGGUGUGUGCUGCCUAGCCAAAGUAUCUCCCUUCCUGUGCCUAAGCUCAAAAAUGUCUUUAGUUUGAUUAUUUGUAUCACUUUGCCCUUCAAAAAUUAAGCUUCUUAUAUAGGGACUCCACACUGCUGGAUGGCUCAUCUCAGGAUUGAUUCCCUGAAUCCAGCUCCCCUUCCUACCACCUCCAACUUUAAUGCAGAUAGAUUUUUUUUUUCAAAUGAAUGUAGUCACAUGCUCACAGAGAUCUGCCUAGCCUAGCUCAGCUCAGCCCCACAACUUGAAGACCCUCUGGUCAAUUCAUAAACCUGGAAGAGAUGCUAGAAGGUUGUCUGGUCAAAAUUCCUCAUUUCACAAAAGGAAAGUGAAACCCAGAGAGUUCGUAGCAAGUUAAUAGCAAAAUCAAGACUAAAACCCAAGUGUCCAGGAUCUUACCUGGCUCCAUUGCAACUUCAUAUUGCUAAAAAGCUUAGCUUUUGUGUUCUAGUUAUUGUACAGAAAAGGCCUUUCAGGGAGCUUAGAGGGGGCCAACCAAGACAGGGGAUCCUUUUUUUUUCUACAUUAUCCGUGGAUCUUAAAAUAAGUUACUCCCUGAGCCUUUUUAUUAAGUGAGAUAAUAUUUAUAAAGUGCUUAGCACAGUAGUUGGCGCUAUAUAAAUGCUUAUUCCUCUCUCUUUCCCCCUUUCUUUUUUAUAAUUGUCCCCCUAAUGGGAGAAAGCAUGGCAGGAGAUUUUUCCUCUUUGACUAAGGAAAGCUAAGGCACCUGGUGUCUGGAAGGAACAAAGACUCCCUACCAGCUAUGGGACUUAGUUUCUGCUAUAAACACCCUGUCCCCCCAUCCCCACACAUCCCUGUUUGGGAAACUGUUCCCAGAGUUCCUGGUUUCUUUGCAUCCCUCUCUUCUCAUCGCUCUUCUCUCAAGUGUCCAAUUCCUCUCUUCCCUGAUGCUAAAAUUCACCCCUUCCCACAUUUACCAUCACUUUUUUUUCACAUCCUCAUUCUAUUUGCCAAACACUAUUAUCAGGUACCUUUGUCUCCAGCCCCUCCUUUGCCUUCUGUAAUGUCCCUCAGUCCUCACCAUCCUAAUGCUGUAACUGCUUUUUAUCCAACUUCUAGCUUCUCCAUGUUCUACUUAGCCCAGAGCUUUUGCCCUAAACUAGUCUCCCUCCCUCCCCGUAAACUACUCUCUGUCCCAAGACCUGACCUCCAGGCCCCAGUUCCUACUCCCAUCAUUAUAAAUCCAUACAACCCUGGAAUUGGUUUAAGGAAAUGUGUUAAAAUCCAACAUUUAAACUGUAAAGUCAGCAGCCUCCUGAGGGGCAGGGGUAAAAAAAAAAAUAUAUAUAUAUAUAUAUAUAUUAUAUAUAUUAGCCAGAACUUUGGGUUCAAUGGGAUCCCACUAUUCUCUCCUCUCCCUAGAGGAUUUUAAAAUGUUAAAAAGUAAAUGUUUUCCUCAAGCCAGGAAACACCAACUCCUCCCACCCUCACUAUCCUUCUGGGUUCAAAGGCCUCCCCAAUGUCCAGGGCCUCUGUGGCCCUGUCUUUGCACACAGUGCGUUGCUUCUGUGAAACUGUGCAAGCUUGGCUUUUUUGUUUCUG